CGGAGUGGCGACCCAGUCUGCAGAGCCUGGAUUGUGUGUAUUUGAGUGCGUACACACACACACACACACACACACCUGUGUGUGAGAGCUGAUACCACACUGUCUGUAUGUGAGAUGAGGAGAAGCUAAGUGGCUACCACGACCACCCCGAUCAGACAGUUUCCUGUGAUGUAAGAUGGAUUAGAGCCCCACACUACAGGAGAUCAAAGGUGGCUGUGACAGGGGCACCCCCGGGGCAGGACCCAUGAGGAGUCAUAGAAGAUGCUCACAGUCUGGGCGCUUCUGCUCUUCUUAGCCAUGUGGGUGAGAAGCACCUCCGGUGGCCCGCUCUCCUUCAGAAUAGCUGCCAUCCUUGAUGACCCUAUGGAGUGCAGCAGAGGAGAGCGACUGGCCAUUACGCUGGCCAAAGACAGCAUCAACAGGAACACAAACCGCUCCACCACUGGCAAGCUGGAGGUGGACAUCUUUGAGCUGCUCAGAGACAGUGAAUAUGAGAUGGGGGAAACAAUGUGCCAGAUAAUGUCCAAAGGGGUAGUGGCAGUCCUCGGCCCUUCUGCCAGUCCGGCCUCCAACUCCAUCAUCAGCAAUAUCUGCGGAGAAAAGGAGGUUCCCUAUGUCAAGGUAGCUCCAGAGGAUAUACUGAAGGUCCAGUUUCCCCGGUUCACCACUCUGGACCUGAGGCCAACCAACACUGACAUCAGCCUGGCAGUGGCUGGCCUCCUGACCUUCUUUAACAGCACCACCGCCUGCCUCAUCUGUGCCCAUGCUGACUGCUUAUUAAACCUGGAGCAGCUCCUCAGGCAGUUCCUCAUCUCCAAGGAAACUCUGUCAGUGCGCAUGCUUGAUGACAGCCAGGACCCGACCCCUCUCCUGAAGGAGAUACGAGAUGACAAGACUGCCACCAUUAUAGUUGAUGCCAACGCCACCAUGUCACAUAUCAUUUUGGAGCGGGCAUCAGAACUGGGAAUGCUGUCCGUCUACUACACGUACAUCUUCACCUCUCUGGAAUUCUCUUUACUACGACUAGACGACGUGGCGGACCAACGAGUCAACAUAGUCGGUUUCUCAGUCUUCGAUAAAACUCAUCCCUUCUUCCAGGACUUUGUUCUCAGCCUCAACCGCUCCUGGCAAGAGAACUGUGACCAUGCACCCUUCGCUGGCACCCCACUCUCCUCUGCUCUGCUCUUUGAUGCGGUGUACGCGGUGGUGGCAGCGGUCCAGGAGUUGAACCGCAGCCAGAACGUCGGUGCCACUCAGCUCUCCUGCAAGUCCUCCAAGAUUUGGGAGCACGGCACCAGCCUCAUGAAUUACCUGAGGAUGGUAGAAUUGGAAGGUCUAACAGGCCACAUUGAAUUCAACAGCAAAGGCCAGCGGUCUAACUACGUCCUGCGGAUCAUGCAGAAUAGCAAGGAGGGCCUGAGGCAGAUUGGCCUGUGGCACUCUGAAAACGGACUGUCCAUGGAGAAAAAGCUUCCAUCAAUCAACGUGACGGACACGCUCUUCAACACCACGCUCACCAUCACGACAAUACUGGAAAAUCCGUAUCUAAUGCUGCGGCGGAACCACCAGGAAAUGGAGGGAAAUGACCGCUAUGAAGGCUUCUGUGUGGACAUGCUGAAAGAGCUGGCAGAUAUCCUCAAGUUCAAGUAUCGUAUCCAUCUAGUUGGGGAUGGACUGUACGGGGUCCCCGGGGCUAACGGAACAUGGACCGGCAUGGUUGGAGAGCUUAUCUCAAGGAAAGCUGACCUGGCCGUUGCGGGACUCACCAUCACAGCAGAGCGCGAAAAAGUCAUUGACUUUUCCAAGCCUUUUAUGACCCUUGGUAUCAGUAUCAUGUACCGCGUCCACCUGGGACGUAGACCAGGCUACUUCUCCUUCCUCGAUCCCUUCUCCCCUGGAGUUUGGCUCUUCAUGCUUCUGGCCUACUUGGCAGUCAGCUGUGUCCUCUUUCUAGUGGCCAGAUUGACGCCGUAUGAGUGGUACAACCCCCACCCCUGUCUUAAGGGUCGCUGUAACCUGCUGAUCAACCAGUACUCCCUUGGCAACAGUUUCUGGUUCCCUGUUGGAGGCUUCAUGCAGCAAGGGUCCACCAUCGCGCCCAGAGCUCUGUCCACGCGCUGUGUGAGCGGAGUGUGGUGGGCUUUCACAUUAAUCAUCAUCUCAUCCUACACUGCAAACCUUGCUGCCUUCCUGACAGUCCAGAGGAUGGAGGUGCCAAUUGAGUCGGUUGACGACUUGGCAGAUCAAACGGCGAUAGAGUACGGCACCAUGCAUGGAGGAUCCACCAUGACCUUCUUCCAGAACUCCCGCUAUCAGACCUAUCAGCGCAUGUGGAACUUCAUGUACUCAAAGCAGCCCAGUGUGUUCGUGAAGAGCACAGAGGAGGGGAUCGCCCGCGUCCUCAAGUCCAACUACGCCUUCUUGCUAGAAAGCACCAUGAACGAGUAUUAUCGCCAGAGGAACUGCAACCUGACUCAGAUUGGAGGACUGCUGGACACCAAGGGCUAUGGCAUCGGCAUGCCGCCGGGGUCAGUGUACCGUGAUGAGUUUGACCUGGCCAUUCUCAAGCUGCAGGAGGACAAUCGCUUGGAGAUCCUCAAAAGAAAGUGGUGGGAUGGUGGCAAGUGUCCAAAGGAGGAGGACCACCGAGCUAAAGGUCUGGGUAUGGAGAAUAUCGGUGGCAUCUUUGUGGUGCUGGUGUGCGGCCUGCUGGUGGCUAUCUUCAUGGCAGUGCUGGAGUUUGUCUGGAUGUUAAGGCAAACACCAGGAAAUGAGCAGACAGUGUGUGAGGAGAUGAUGCGAGAGCUCCAGGGCAUCGUCCUGUGUCGCGACAGCCUGCAGGUGAGGCGGCGGCGGUCGGCUUCAGUGAUGAGGCCGCGGCCUUUACCGCUGGAGGAGCGCCGGGCACGAGCCGCCGCUGUGAGCCUCAGCAACGGCAAGCUGUGUGGGGGCACCGGACUGCCUGAACCCCUCUCGCACAGACUGGCCCAGGAGGCUGCCCUGGUUGCAAGAGGGUGCAGCCACAUUCGCAUUUGCCCCGAGUGCCGGCGCUUCCAGGGACUGAGGAUGCGUCCUGCGGGGGGCACCGGCACAAUCCCCUCUCCCACACACAGUGAAGAGAGCAUAGAGUGGGACAAGACCACAAAUAGCAGUGAACCUGAAUAACACCUGGUGAUUCCAAUUGGACUGACUCUUCAGGCAGCCACCUCUCUACUUUCCAGGGAUCAAAGAUCACGUAGUAUUUUCAUACAACAAUUUGGAGCACGGUCUUAAAGGGCAGGACAGUUCUGUAGAAGUUUUUUUUUUGCCCGAGAGGCAACAGCCAGCAGUCAGUUUUUUGGAAUCUCCUGACUUUUUUUUUCAAGGAGACAGGAAAAACUGAUGAUUCUGUCUCGUUGUGGUCUGUCCCUGUUGGCCCUUUGGACCAUAUGAAAGAGGACAGGCAAAAACAGCCGUGGGGCAUUUGUACUAUGCAGUAUUUUCAGUCAUUUAUCAUUGUGCCGUUUCUUUCUUUUUUUGUUUUUAAAUUAUUUGUGCCCUGUGUUGGAUUAUCAGUACUGGAUAUUAUUAUUCUGUUGUACUUGGAGGGGGGGGGGGGCGCGGGCGCGGGCGACGUCCUUUUAUAUCAGAUAAUUUGCUGUAUGAACAUAUAUUGUCCCAGAAGAGCUGCAGAGAUAAACAGACUGAUGCAAGGGCAUCCUUCACGUGGUUUCAUUUUGAAAUGGCCAAGAACAAUAAGUAUUACCUUAUGGCUGGAGGAAGCGCCGCAGCCUUGAGAAGACGACAGAAUCAACUCGACUGGAAAAAAAAAAAAAAAAAAAAAAAGACACAAAAACCAAUGACAUUCUUUGAUAGUAGUGAUAUUCUAUUAAAACAUUGUUUAUCUGUUGGUAUCUCUGAAAGACAACGAUGCAUGUCCAGGGGUGUUGGCAAGGGCUCAUUGAAUGACUAAUUGCUUUUUGGUGGCUGAGUAGCUGAAAACAUGUUUUCAAUGAAGGCUGGUGUCCACACGUUCACACAAAACACACAGUUUUAUUUCCUCCUCUCUGUGUCCCAAGAUCACCUUCUCCUCCCAUCUGGCCUACAUCUUUGACACCGUUGCACAUUUAUUGUCUCACCACCUUACCUCUUUAUGAUUUCUCAUGAAAAAAUACAAAAAAAAAAAGUCUUCUGCAUCGGAGAUAAGACGCCAUUUCCUUCAUCUCACAUUAUUCAAGGGUGAUUCGGGUUUCGCGAGGACAAGCCUGUGUGUGUGUGUGUGUGUGUGUUAUAAAUGAAACCCAGCAUACAUCCCAACCAACCAAAAACAUCUAAACUGGUAAAGGAAAAAUGUACUUAUAUCAGCAGUUGACUCAACUUGUUUUAAAUGUCAAGGCAGUUAAACCUUUAUUGAAUGUGACAUUUUAAACACUGCUUCCAGGAGUUUUCCAGUUCAGAUCAGCCUACACACUGUCUGACAUUUGCAUAGUUUUGCAAAAAUCUAACCAAACAUUGAAUGUAUUUAGAAAUUACGGACAACAUUAACUCAAUUAUGUAUCAGUUUCAUUUUGUAAUUACAUUAUUGGAAUCAGUCAAAUCGAAUUAGUUGAAGUUGUAACAGUGAGUGCAGUUUGUAGUGAAAGGUUAUCAUUAAGUUUGGUUGUAUUUGGGAUACACAUCACAUCUCGAACUGAAACAAUGGGAACAAACUACCAGCAAGAGGUUUUUUUUAAGUAGCAACCAGUUCAUUUCAUAGCCUGUGACACAUAUGACUUGAUAUAUUCUCACUGAGCUGACUGGUUUGAAGGUGCGACUCUAUGAUAGCCUGACUCUUGCACGGAGGAAGUCGGCAUUCAUUUGCCUCUUGUCACUGCUUCUUGCUUCUUGUGUCCAUCCUUUUGAAUCGGCCUGUCGGAUUCUGUCAGUCACUUGUCCUUCAGACAUUGACCGCCAACUCCUCAUGGGUUGAAGGUACAGCUGCAGCGUCUCCCAAAGUUCGCUUUCUAUCUCCAUCAUGCAGGUUGUUAUGGUUAGAAACUGCAUAUGCUGCACUGUAUAUGCAGAGAGUGACCCGGAGAAGGUGUCCACUCCACUGACCACAUCCAAAUAUGUCAAUGUCCAUGUAAAAACCACAUAGACGUAACAAACCUUUGACCAACAGACAGUCAUAUAUUUAUGGUCGCACUAUUUCAUACACUUUAAACCAUUCUUUCACCCGUUUUACAGUUCCAUAUCCACAGCUUCAUUAUUUCACACAAACAGCAUCUACUGAUCGGAGCAGUUUCAGAUCCUCUGUGAUCAUGUGACACUGUGGCAGAUCGACAACUAACAGACCCAAGCUGUAAUGUUCUCAAUAUUCUGUGUGGCUUGGAUCACAAAAAAAGUGGAAUUUCUGUUUGUGGAGGUCACGUUGCGGUUGCUGAAAAGUGUUUCGGGACUUCAAAUGGCUUUUUUUUGACUACAGCCUGCUUUGUGUCUGAACCCCCACGAAACACAGCAGCGUCUGACACGUUUUGAUACACCACAGGAUAAAGAUGCAGAGAUAAAAAAUGGACGAGCAAAGGAAUCAAAUUAUCGUCUGCUGAAGAGUCAAUCACAUCAUCUAAUCCUCUAGUAAUGAGUUGCUGUCACCCCACCGAAGAAGUGCUUUUUAAAGUGUUCCCCAGUAAUCAUCCAAAGUGCUGUUUUUAAUUACAUUAACAAAGAUACAGGACUACAUGCAGUGCGUGAUGUGUUUACUUGGCAACAUUAUGCCAGCUAGACACACUCACAGUGUGGAAUGGACUGAUUGUCCAUGUGAACUUUCUAUAUUUCUUUAUAUAAUACAGUAACUCGUUAAAAGGAAACUGCAGAGUACAGAAAAAAAAAAACACCCACAUGUCAUCACUGGUUUUUCUAAAACAGUUUCCUAUCCAUCUCCUGAAUGUCACUAAGAAACUCUUGAGAUUAGCUGACACUGACUCCUUAAGGACAAAAGCAUUUACAGAGGUGCUAAAUCAAGUGGAGUAGGAAUGAGACUGGCAAUCACCUUGAAGCCAUGACGAGCAGUAGAGUAAGAAUUAAAACAAAUCCCCAUGGAAACGCUGGCCAACCUUUGCUGGGAGACCACAGAGAGAUGCUCGGGCUUGGCUGCUAUGUUUUAUAUACUUUAGUUUUCUUAUGUUGACAUUUUAUUCCAUUAUAAAUAAAGUUGUUAAUGUAGGCACAGUUCUGCUUGAUCCUAGAUUUGUCUCUUCUUCUUUACUCUGAUGUUUUGGGCCUUUUAAGCUGUACAGAUUUGUCGUGCUAAAUGGCGUCUGAGUGCACUUUGCUUUUGAAGGUGUAUUAUUUAACCGGGAGGGAAUAUUCAGAUAAGUGUGACACGCUCAUACUGUAUGCGGAAAGGUCUUAUGAGGAUGUAUAUGUUUCCAGCUGAGUGAACAUGGUUGAUUGUUGGGUGAACCCAAAGUGAGCUGAUGAAUACAGUAUCUAUCUCCCAUCAUUAAAUGAACAUGUGUACAACUGAGAAUGUGUGUGGGCAGAACGUCUAACACAGGCUAAUGAGUUAAACAACUCACUCAUGUGCUGUAUAUGCAUCCUCUCACCCACAGUGCAUACAUCACUGUGAUUUUAGUGGAUAUUUCUCUCUCCCCUCAGGAUAAUGAGUGAACCACACACAACACACCGUGACUCUGAUUUACAGUUUAAUUCCGACUGCCUUUCUCUCUCUCCUCUCUGAGUGCCUGUCUCGCAAUCUUUCCACUGCAGCACUAGUGGCGACGUCUCUGGCCCAUCACACAGCCCUGCACCUCACACAGUUGUCCA